CAGCUGGGCAGCUGACUGAUUCGAAGAACUUGUUAUCUACCGUUCGUAAAUGUGAGAUUCUUGAAAUUUCCUUUAUUGUUCCCAUCUUCAAGUACAGAUUGUGAAAUCAAAAUGCCGCAAGAUCGGAGAAAGGUGCCGUUUAGCGGAAAAGCUAAAAAACAGCAAAUGCAGGCCAAGAAGGACAGGCAAAACAAAACAUUGCUUCUCUCAACAUCAUCUGGCUCCAACGCUUACGAUGUGAUCUCGGUGAACUAUCAGCCGUCAAAGGGCCGGGGCGGACGUGGUGAAUCCAACCGUUACGCGUUAAAGUUCUACCGGGAAUCUGAUGAGGAAUUGAAGCUGAAGAAGGAGGAGGCAUUAAAAUCCUUGAACCCAGUUCCGGAGAAGGAAAUGGAAGUGAACCCGGCCGACUUCUUCCCGAAAGAGCUGACGUUCCCCAAGCGGCCGCCGUGGGACUUCAACAUGACCCCGGCGCAGUUGGACAGUCAAGAACAGAGAUAUUUUAAGAACUACAUAGACCAGUUGCAAGCAUCGGAACAUUGGAAGAACAUAUCUUACUUCGAACUCAACUUGGAGACUUGGCGACAACUAUGGAGGGUUCUUGAAAUGUGUGACGUGUUGCUAUUGAUUGUGGACGUCAGAUAUGCCGGCAUGAUGUUCCCCCCCUCCCUUUACGAGUACGUGGUGAACGAUCUGAAGAAGGACAUGAUCCUGGUGCUGAACAAGAUUGACCUGGUGCCGGCGGGCGCCGUGCGCGCCUGGCAGCUGUUCCUGGCGGAGGCCUGCCCGGGGCUCCGGGUCGUGUACUUCACGUCCUGCCCCGGGUACCGGCUCCGGGGCGCCACCAGGGAUAAGGCUGGCUUACAAAUCCGCCGUCGUAAAGGGCGACAGCAGAUGUGCGCGGAGGGAGCUACGAAAAUUCUAGAAGCAUGCAAGCUGAUUGUGGCUAACAACGUGGACUUAUCAUCGUGGGAGAAGAAGAUUAAGGAAGAGGCCUCUUCGGAAAUGGACGACGAGGAGGGAACGGAAAUUGGCGAAACGAUCGUUGAAAAAGCGGAUACGACAUUUUACAAGCACGAAAAAUACAAAAAUGGCGUGCUCACAAUCGGUUGUGUGGGUCAACCCAACGUGGGGAAAUCAUCGCUCAUGAACGCCAUCAUGGGAAAGAAAGUUGUCUCCGUGUCUAAAACGCCGGGGCACACUAAACACUUCCAAACUAUAUUUCUGACGCCCCAGGUCCGCCUGUGCGACUGUCCCGGCUUAGUGUUCCCUUCGACCGUCCCUCGUCCCAUACAGAUUUUGAUGGGGUCCUUUCCCAUAGCGCAGCUUAGAGAACCUUAUACGACCAUCAGAUAUCUUGCCGAAAGACUGGACCUACCCAAGUUACUACGCAUCGAGCACCCAGAAAACGAUGACACGUGGUCGCCUAGAGACAUCUGCGAUGGCUGGGCCAAGAAGAGAGGUUUUCUUACUGCCAAAGCGGCCAGAUUGGACACAUAUCGAGCGGCUAACAGCCUCUUGCGAAUGGCGUUGGAUGGAAGAAUUUGUUUGUGGUUGAGACCGCCUGGUUUUACGGAGAACAGAGAAUCAUUCGAGAAUCACGCCGAACUAAAAUACAUCAAAUGGGUGCAAGCGCUGACAAAAGAUGAUGAAGUCAGUUCAACAAUCUCCGACAGCGAUGACGAGGGAAAGUCAAGCGAGUCCGACGCUGAUGAUGACAGCGAUGAUGAUGAUGAUGAAGAAGAAACUAUAGCUAUUGUGAAUAAAUUCAAGGCUUUGGCCAGCGAUGAUUGAUGUAACAGUUCCAUUUGGUCAAAAUUUAUUUGUGUGUAUAACAGUGACAGUGACUCCGGAAUCAACUAAAAUAUAUUGUUCCAUCUUUUUGCUCUUUUUUUGUCUAAUUUUAGCCUCGGAUCGAUUCCAUUAUUAAGCCAUUCAGCUGAACGUGGUAUUUGAGUCUUUUCCGAACUAUCUCUCGGCUCUGUAUACCCCCCAAGGGAUAAAGAUGUGAUAGUUUGUUAUUUCUUGUUGUAAGAUUCUUUGCGAAGUUGAUUUUUAAACUUAACUUUUGUUGGAAAAUUCAUCUGGCAAUGUAUUCUUUUGCACACAAAGUAAUUAUACCUUGUCCAACCAUUUAUUUUAAUCAUGAUAGCUGCUACGGUAGUUUUGUUUGUUUGUAAACUCUUUAUUGCACAUAAAAAAACAUAUAUAACAAAAAUAAAACAGUCAUUGGAUAUAGAAGAAUAUGUACAAUGGCGGACUUAUCCCAAUCGGGAUUUCUUCCAGUCAACCAAAAUAAAUUUGUUUUAUGUUAAUGUUUACAGUUUUAUGAUAUAAACUUUUACUUCGUAAAAAAAUAUUAAUCGUUAAAUAUAUUCUGAUUGCAUAUAAAUAUCAUAUUUGUAUUUAAAUCGCAGAUGUUUUAGUUUUUUUUUUUAAUAUUAAUUAUUUAAAAAAAAAAACCUAAAAUGAUAGUGAACGUGAUCAAUAAGUUAUGAAGAAUGUUAUGUAAUGGAAUGUACCUCAUGUAGUAAUGUAUUGGUUGCAAAUAAAAUCAAAAGUAAUAUAUAGUCUCAAUUUAAAAAAAUCCCGCGAAGGAUAUAGACGUGAUGAUAUGUAUGUUAUUAUAAAACAAUAUAAAAAUGUUGGACAAAAAAAGUAUGUAUUUUUUUAUCAAUAAAAAGUUUUCAGUCGUAAACUAAUUGAAUAUGUAACUAUGUAAAUUUCUAUGGAUAUUACAAAUGAACAAACUUUAUAGUACAACACUAAUAAAUGUGGUGUAAGAAUUAAAAUAAAUAGUUGGACAAGGUAUAAGAUCAAAUUUUGACUUUCAAAGUAACUGCAGUCUGAAAUGUAUGCGAAAAUAUAAUAUAACAUACGUAAUGCAUUUAUAGAUAACUAAUCGCUUUUACAUUUAAGCAUAUAUUUAUUUUAUGUU